AAAUGGAGGGGGACAAAAGGCAUGAGAUUUCGAGGACGAUUUGGACCAAACGGGAAGAGCCUCCCUUGCUUCGCAACAUCGGACGCCUCGGACCGACGACAAAGGCGGCGACUUUCGCAGAGGGCGAGAGCGAAGAUCCGCGAGCAAGAGGGAGCGAAAAACGGGGUUGCCCGCCGCGUCGAUGGCGUCUUCUUCUUCCACCUCUCCGGCGUCGGUGAUCACCCCGGAAGACGUCCUCGAGUCGCUCAUGAACGACGGCACCAUCGACUCCCUCCGCCUCAAGAUCAUCAACCAGCUCAAGGCCAACGAGGAGCUGAAGAGCACCACAAUUAAAAUGGCGGAGCAGAGCAAAGUUCUUAAUACCCCCGGAGCUGAAAAGCAGACCAAGAGAGAGCUCUUCGACGCCCUGCGCCAGGAGUUAGAGGCCCCAGUGCUUGAGAAGGCCUCCAAAUCAGUUUGGGAGUUAAUUCUUGAUGGUGAUGGGCUGGGGAAAGAAAUAAGUGAGACGGUAGAAAGAGUUUUCUGUCGAUUAAGUGGAAGAGAAGCCCCGCUAUUUGUUGAAGCAGAACCAGAUAGAGCAAAAGAUGAGUCCAGAGGCAAAGAGAAGCAUGCUAAUGCUGACAAUGGAACAGAGGAAUUUCACUCUGCUUCAAAGAAGAGAAGUUUUGGCGAUAUGAACUGAGUGGAUGGAUGUGUAAAGGAAUCAGGCAAUUGUUGCAGCGUACAUUCUUAAGUGCUUUCAGGACAUGAUCCACUCAGUUGAACUAAUAUGAAAUGUGUGAGAGAGUCCUCUACGAGACCUUUAAGCAGAACUUUUCAAUCAGUUUUUUCAGGAUUUGAAGCAGCAUCUAAAUUGUCAAAGCAGCACCUUUGGGAAGAUGUCACUGUCAGUUUUGUGACAGGGCUUGCAGUUUUGAACAUAAUUGUAGUUUCUAUGCUCUAGUUGGUUCAAUGUAUUUCAUAUCAAGGGUUAUGACAUAGUGAUGAAGAGUCUGUAUUUCAUUUUUAGUUUAUAUCUCCAGCCUUAGUACCAGUAGUUGUUUUGCUAGAUACUUGGUAUAAGGCUAUUGACUUGUAGUUUUGAACAAAUUUUUGUUUGCAUUAGCUUCUGUAAAGGUUGAAGUGAUCCAUUUUCUUUUUAUGGUGUAUGUCAGAGGUUUCCAGCAUUUUCUUAAAUGCUUUUCAAUGUUAA